AAGGUUCUGAUAAUAAUAAUACAUCUGAAUUACGAUUGGAUGAUAUGAAAUAUAUAAUUAAAAUUUGUGAUCAAGAACUUACAUAUGAACAAGUAGUACUUAAUAAAAAUAAAAUUCUAGCUAAUUGGUUUACAACACCGACAAAUGCAGAGAAAGUUAUUAAUGAUAAACAAAAAUUUUUAAAGAAAUACAAGAAAAAAAGAUUUUGGUGUCUACUUAUAUUCUAUUGUUAUGGUCCUGGUAAGACAGAAAAAACUGGAUGGUUUUUAGAAUUAUUUCAUGAUAUUAAAUAUCAUAAUAGAGAAAAUUCUAUUGAAGAAAUUAAAGAAAAAUCUAAAAAAAUUAAUAUAGGAAUUGAGGGAGAAGAAAUUAUUAUUGGUGAUAAUAUUUAUUGGAAAGUUUAUAUUGAAUCUAUUAAAUGUCUUGAAAGAAUUAUCAAAGAAAAGGAUAUUAUUAUUCAAGAUACUGUUAACCAAUAUGAAAAAAUUAGUGAAAAUACUGUUAGACAGUAUGAAGAUAGAUUGAAUUUUUAUGCAAUUUUUUUUAGACAAAGUUUUAAUUGUGCAAAUGAAUAUUAUUAUAUGAAUUUUUGUUCAUAUGAUGAAGUAGUUAAUGAAUUUAUAAAUAAUGAAUCUUUUAUUUUUCAAACUGAUGUUCUUAAUGUUAUUAGUGAUAUUAAUAAUUCUGUUAAUAAUGAUAGUAAUAGAUUUAGUGAAUAUGAUUCUAAUGAUAGUAGUUAUAAUA